AUGGACAACAACGACGAGCUAGAAGGCACAGGGUACGGCCGACCAGCCUCAUCGCGCUCGAACAGCCGACCACCUCAGCGGGCGCGAUUCCAAGCGCCGCAGGAAACGGUCAAGCAGUUCUGGGAACAGUUCAACACCAAGUACCCAGGCCGGGUGUACACGGUGCUGCCGGACAACCCGUACGCGCGGACGCGGGCGAAGAAUGUGCCCACGGGGGUGAUCAGGGGCCAAGAGGCCGUCAAGUCGUAUGAGCAGGCGCGGCGCGAGUGCGUGCGGUCUGUCGAGCGGAUUGUCAAGGAGUGCGAGCGGCUGAAUCAGAAAUAUACGGAUCCGCAUUUUGAUAUCGAGGUUGAUCUCAAGUCGGGGCGGAGGAAUUAUCUUGAUGGGCUGGGGAAGAUAAAUGAGGCUAUGAGGCCGCGGGGUGUUAAGAGGGUGACGGAAAUAUUUGAGAAGCCGCGCUUUUAUGUCAAUGGGCCCACAGCGUCGGAUGUACGACAGGGCCGCGACGGGGACUGCUGGGUUAUGGCGGCGCUGUGUACCCUGGGCAACAAGAAGGGUCUGAUUGAGAAUAUUUGCGUCGCGAGAAAUGAGAACGUUGGCAUCUAUGGCUUUGUGUUUUACCGCGACGGCGAGUGGCAGCAGUGCAUUGUGGACGACAAGCUGUAUCUGCGAGCAGCCGACUAUGACGAAUCUAUGGAUGAACGACCCAUCUGGGAUGAUAUCAACCGCACUGACACGGAAGAGGAGUAUCGGCGAGCCUGGCAGACAGGCUCUCGGGCCCUAUACUUUGCGCAAUGCGUGGAUGAGAAUGAGACGUGGCUGCCGCUUCUCGAGAAGGCGUUUGCAAAGGCCCACGGGGAUUACUCCGCCAUCGAGGGCGGGUUUGUCGGCGAAGCCAUUGAAGACCUGACGGGCGGAGUCACCUCGGAGAUUCUGCCCAGCAAUAUCCUGGAUAAGGACCGCUUCUGGAAUGAGGAGCUCAUGAAGGUCAAUAAGGAGUUUCUGUUUGGUUGUGGCACGGGCUUCUUUUCCAAUUGGUUGGAUCCUAAGUAUCGCGGUCCUCCGCGGGACCGAAAGGGUAUCGAGACGAAUCACUCGUACUCUAUCAUGGAAGCACGAGAGGUAGAAGGGCAUCGUCUCCUUCGACUCAGGUGGACCGGUGGUCAUCGUCCUAUCGCAGGUUCGUCUCGAUUGAUUAGCGAUUCAAUAUUCCCUGCUGACAGCACACAGCUUGACUCGCGAUAUUUCAGAGGCCUUGCGGGCGAGUAUGAUUUUAUGCUGAAAUUCCGUCUUCAGCGAGAUGGAGAAGAAGAUUACAUGGUGCGCAGCCACAGCAGCCAGUUCAUGAGCCGGUCCGUCAACGCCGAGAUCGACCUCGAACCAGGCCGGUACCACGUGCUCAUGAAAAUCACGGCGUUCCGACACGACGACCUCGAAUCGACAGAGGAGAUUCUCCGCCGCAUGGCAUCGACCCGGCGCGAGAAACUAGUGCAGAUCGGACUCUCCUAUGAUCUCGCACACGCCAAGGGCCUGAUCGCCGAUACAGAGCAAGAAAAGCGGGACAAUGCGGCCCGCAAAGCAGCUGAGAGAAAGAGACUAGCUGCUGAGACCAAGAAGCGGCUUCAGAAGGAGUGGAUUCGUGAGCAGAAGAUGGCUGCGCGCCAGCAACGCAUGGCUGCCCGGCGCUCUGGGUCCGCAACAGCAGCAAGCGGUGGCCGUCUCGGGCGCAGUCCCGAGCGCAUGCCUGAGCAGAUCUUCGGCGAAGGCCCGGUCCAAUCUCCUACAGAUGUUGCAAGCAUCUCGAGCGAUGGCAGUGACCGGCGGGUAUCAACAGCCGGUGGAUCGGUCCCGACUAUCCAGGUCAAUGGCUCGCACACUCGCCGGUAUGCGCGACGCAUGACAGAAACAUCUCCGCGGCCUAGUCUCGAUACCCGGUUUGCAACGGAUGGACUGGAUCCCAGUGAUGUGGAGUUAUUAGAGGGAUUCGAGUUCGACACUGAUCUCGAUAUGCCGCCUGAAGGCACAGCGUAUCCGAAGAGCCCGCGUCCAUCCCCAGGUGCGGACCUGGACGAGAACGCGGCUGACCCGUGGAACGCCGUGUGUGUUGUUGGCUUGCGGGUGUACUCACAGGACCCGCAACUGAGCCUGGAGGUUAUACAUCCGUCGCCGGAGGAUGACAUGGAGGCGCCUCUCGAUCGUGAUGAUCCGGCUGCUGCGUCGGCGACUACGGAGAAGCCCUUGUCGAGUAGUCUGGUAACGGGUCGAGUCCGAGAUGGGUUUUGGUAA